GUGUAUAUACGUAUAAGACUAUAUGAACAUGGCACAUGGUUGUAUAUAAAUUCCGGAAUUAUAUCAACUCCUCCACUAUUUUCCACGACACGACACUACACUACACUACACUACACUACACCACACCACACCACACCACUUCAAUCAAUCAUCUUCAUCAUAUGCCGUGUUUGUAAUCUCUAUAAGAAAUCUCGACUUGACAACUCGAUUUUGAAAUACCAAAUCCAAACUUACGUCGCAAAAACAUGCUCCUAACAUCCGGGCAAGUUUCAGUCGCUAUAUCUUCCUUUAUCGUAUUUUUCUUUACGACCGCACUCUUCCUCUCCGGUUAUGUUCUCCAACAGCAAACAGUACGUGAUUUAAGAGAAGCUAUCAAACCCCAGUUUCAAGCAAAGUUGGUGGGGUUAGAGGUUCCAGAUAAUCUAAAUAUCAAUGCGGAUAGGAGCGGAAGGAAAGGUCGGAUCGAGGUAUUUUUGCCCAAAAAGUUCGAGAAUGAAGCGGUGCGAGAAGGAAACAGGAAAGCGGAAGAGAGCGAUAAAGUGAUUGGGAAAAAUGGAAGAAACAAAAAGGCGACGGGGGAGGAGAAUGAAGAGUGGAGUGCGGUCGAGCUUGAGGGGAGUGUCGAAGUCGAGGGUGAGGAGGAGGGUGCUGGAUUGGUGGAUAAUACAGAGGGUAUCAAUAAGGGGAGAGGGGGAGGAAUUGCAGUUCCAGAAACACCGCUAAGUCGUGCAGAAAGGAGAAGGAGGAUCAAAGAAGAGCUCGUGACAUCAGGAGAAGGGGAAACCUUUAAUGGGUAUCGAAGACGUGUUCCGGGCGCUUAACUUCGAAUUGCAGUUUGGGCGUAUCAGUACAAAGGUAUUGAAAAUAUUAAGAUGGGAUGUAUCAUACAGAUCUGGAGUUUGGAAGGGUUGAAUUGGACUAAUUCAGGGCGGAUAUACCAUGGAGAAAUAUGAAAGGUGCGAGUGAAUCAAUAUAUAUAUAUAAGCUAAGUCUAUGUGAUAAAUGACUCUAUAUCUCUAUCAUACCUAAAAGAACAAUCCCUUGAACAACGUAACGAAAGAUUAGUUAGUUACAAUCAAAUUUUAUCGGCUUUGGAUUG